AAGCGCUUCAAGAAAACAUUAUUAUUACGGUAGAGAGAUCGACCGCACUGGGAAUCAGACCAAGAAACGGAUCGAAAUCCACGGUAGAUUUACCGUCGAUAGACCAUCUGCAGUUAUUGUAACGAUCGAUUUUUUUAUUGUGACUGUUUUGACCGAGAAGCCAACACAAUUCCUACAUCAUCCGAUACUGCUUUGCAAAGACAGUGACAGCUGUGGUCUUUUUGCAUGCAGCAAUAGGUUCCAUCGCCGCUAGGACGAGCCUGCAUCGACUGAGACAUUGUGAUAGGCUGGCUAUAGGAGAAGGAACCGGCUGCAUGCACCUCCGCCUCCCCCCUCCACCGUCAGCAGCGAGGACGGUACCGUUCAGUGCCUGUAUCACCCGUUAACGGGAUGACGACGUGAACCAAGCCUCCUCACGCACCGAACGCUGGAUUCCGCAUGAGGACUGAAUGAGUGGAAAGAGAGGGAGACGAGGUGAUGGCGAUGCUGAUCUAGUGAGGAGAAGGGAAAGCCUAUUCAUUUUCCCGAUUGAUUUAUCAGGAUCUUAACAGCCGACACGGGGUCUCUACCAAGGUUUCAACAACCAAUUAAUCCCCUCGCACGACGGAGGACAUUUGUCAUUCCGAGGCGAUGGGAACCGCGCGUGGAUGCCGGACUGCGGUUUAAACGUGCACGUGUCUCUCUGUGAAAGCACCGCUGUGAUGGAGCACGACGAAAGUAGCGACGCGGAGGUUGCUGCCGAGCCCCUGCUGCACGGUAUUCACGCGCCCAAUCGGAUCAGGCCCUCGUCGUACCGGGCACUGCGGAGUGCCGUUUCCAGCCUGGCGCGCAUCGAUGACUUCGUAUGUGAGAAGAUCGGGUCAGGGUUCUUUUCAGAGGUCUUCAAGGUGCAGCACAGGAUCACAGGCCAGGUGAUGGCCCUAAAGAUGAACACUCUGGCCAGCAACAAGGCCAACAUGCUCAGGGAGGUCCAGCUUAUGAACCGGCUCUGCCACCCCAAUAUACUUGGGUUCCUGGGAGUGUGUGUACAGGAGGGCCAGCUCCAUGCUCUAACUGAGUACAUCAACGGGGGUAACCUGGAGCAGCUGCUGGACAGUGACAGGUAUCUGUCGUGGUCGGUGAGGAUGUGUCUGUCUCAGGACAUCGCCUGUGGCCUGCAGUACCUCCACAGCAAGGGCAUCUUCCACAGAGACCUCACCUCCAAGAACUGUCUGGUACGCUGUGAGAAUGGUGUGUUCACUGCAGUAGUGGGAGACUUUGGUCUGGCAGAGAAGAUUCCAGACUACAGUGACGGGGUUGAUCAGCAGCCUCUGGCCGUGGUGGGCUCCCCCUACUGGAUGGCCCCGGAAGUGCUGAGAGGAGAGCUCUAUGAUGAAAAGGUGGAUGUGUUUGCCUAUGGAAUCAUCCUGUGUGAGAUCAUCGCCCGGAUAGAGGCUGAUCCGGACUUCCUACCUCGCACUGAGGACUUUGGACUAGAUGUGGAUGCCUUUGAGAACCUGGUUGGUGACUGUCCAACACCAUUCCUCAACCUUGCAGUCCUCUGCUGCAAUAUGAAUGCAAAGAUACGUCCCUCAUUCUCUGAGAUAGUGGUCUUGCUGGAGGGGAUGGAGAGAGGAGAGGAGGAGAGGAAGACGGCCAUCCCUCUGGGCGAUUGUCUCUCCUCAAAACCCCCCACUGGCCACAUCAGCCCCUACCGACGACGGAGUUCCCUCUGUCGCCCCGGCGACCAGCAGUUGUCACGGAGCCAGUCUGAAAUGCUUCCACCAACGACGCCCCCACUCGGCACCCCGGCCCGGGUCAACCCCUUCUCCCUGCGGCAGGACCUGAACGGGGGCCGCAUCAAGCUCUACGACACCCCCAGCAAGUCUGUCAUCUCCCUGACCUUCACCCUUCCCCAGCAGCCUGACACCUGCGCCUCUCCCCCCCUCAGGGGAAACCUCUUACUCCGCGGGCCCCCCCGACGCUGCCAGUCUCUCCCCUGCACCCCUGAGCCGGGACGAACCCUCUCCCUCCUCCGGGACCCCGACCUGCAGCGCUUGGGGAAAGAGGAGGAAGAGGAGGGGGAGGAUGAAAGGAGGAAGGAGAAGGGAGGGAUGGUGGAGGAUGAAAGGAGGAAGGAGAAGGGAGGGAUGGUGGAGGAUGAAAGGAGGAAGGAGAAGGGAGGUAUGGUGGAGGAUGAAAGGAGGAAGGAGAAGGGAGGGAUGGUGGAGGACGUGUCAGAUGAUUCAGGGCUGCCUCUGGACCUGGUGUCUCUGGGUCCUCUGGAAGAGGAAGAGGAGGAAGGUUUUUCUCUGGGGGAGCCUAUGGACUGCAGCAGGUCUCCUGACACACUAGAGGGUGCUGUCCCUACACCAGGGAGACAUCUACUACACCCAGCCUCGUCCUCUUCCUCCCUGUUUCUGCAGCCUAACGGCUGGCGUCACCCAGUCUCCAAUGCCCCUUCCUCCCUCCCUCCUCUCCCUCAUCUGGACAACAACAACAUCUCGGCGAUGGUGGUCGUCGGCCGCCCGAUUGGCUGGAGGGCUAGCGGCUACCGCACCGCAAUCCCGGGCCCCCCUGCUGGCCCCGCCCCUGAACAAGAUGAGGUAAUUUCCUGUCCGGGCUGCUGUCUGAUUGGUCUGAGCUUUCCAUCCGUGUGCCUGAAGGGGGUGCCGACCCCUCGCCGCGUUCCGCCCCGACGACCCUACCGGAACCUUAACGGGGGGGGCAUCAGUGACCCUUCAGCUGCCACGGCAACCAAGGGACUGCUUUGUUGUGGGGCGAACGGUCUCGCUCCUCCGACCGCACCUUGCGUGCCUGGGCUGCCCCUACCAGAGGCACAGACUUAGGAAGGGCUCCCCCUAGUGGGCUGACUGGCCAACAACAACAUUAAUACCAGUGACAUUACUGAGACUUUGACUGGUUCUGUUUAUUGUCGCUAUUACUAUUUAUUAUUACUAUUAGGAACUGAUGAUGUUGAUGAUUACUACUACUACUACUACCUGAAGUGGAUGAACAGUGUGUGUGUGUGUGCGUGUGUGUGAUUGAGGAGGUGGUGGGGACACUGGUGGUUGUAUUGGGAGUAACAAGGGAGAAGCAGAAUAGGAAACCAGAAGUGGGUUAUUGAUGUGAGAUCUUAUAUAUUGGUUGUUGACCUGGCGCCAUUUGAUAUUGUCAGUGUGUCCCUGGUUUGUUCACUCACUUUCUACACUCUGAAUCUUUCUAUUUGAUUCCUAUUAAUGAUUUUUCACUGGUCUGGGUGGUGCUUGAGAUUUGUAUUGAAUUCAAACAGGUGCUUCUUCUUGCCUCAAACCUCAGUGUUCUUCCCAUAACCCACUAUGAUCCAGGUAUCCUCAGCAUGUUUUAACAGCCUGUGUAACUUUGAAACAGCAUGAAAAGCAAUUCUCCUUAUUGUACAGAUUAUUCCACCCAAGUGUGUGUGUGUGUGUGUGUGUGUGUGUGUGUGUGUGUGUGUGUGUGUGCGCCUGCACGUGUGUGUGUGUGUCUGCGCCUGCACGUGUGUGUGUGUGUGUGCGCCUGCACGUGUGUGUGUGCUUGCACGUGUGUGUGUGUGUGUGCCUGCACGUGUGUCAGAGGGAGAGAUAGUAUGUGUGUCAGAGGGAGAGAUAGUAUGUGUGUGACUGAAUGACGAAGGUUUGUCCCCUGAUGUCUGUAUUGAAAUGUUAAAUGUUCGCUGGUCAUUUCCCCGUACCUGUGUGUGAGAGAUUAGAGAACUGAGUGUAAUAAUUGUAUAUAAAGUGAUGAGGUGUACAUCAUCUUUACUCUGUUUUACACUAUUGAUGAUAAUCUUUGCACUUUUGAUUUCAUAGGCCUGCUGGUUCUUUGUCUGUUUGGGAUGAAAUGGCACCCUAUUCCAUAUAUAGCGUACUACUUUGAACAAAGCCCCAUGUGUUCUGGUCAAAAGUAGUGCAUUAUAUAUGGAAUAGGAUGCCAAUUUGUCAGUUGGUCCCAGAGUUUAGGAUUUUAUUUUCUCCCUCUGCUGGCCUGGAGGAUCCAGACAGACUAGGCCGCCAUGGCUCACAUGUCUGUGUCUCAAUAACCGUCAAUGGCUUCCAUUCCUCGUAACCUUUACUUCUAGGAGAAGCUAUACAGGACCUGACCAGGGAAAACUCCAGGCCUUAGUUAUAGACCUGGAGGUUUUCCCAGUCAGGUCACUGGUCAAGAAAAGAGAGUCUCAUUAUUACUUCACUGUUUAAACAGCAUGAUUUACAGUCUGGACAACUGUGUGCAUCCAUAUAAAUAAUUCCACUGUUCUGUCCCAUAUUGAUGAUGUCAUAUUGACAAUGGUAUGAACACCAACCCAUUUGUUCAAGGAAUGACCAAGUCAUGGAGUGUUAUGCACAACAUGAAUACGUUUUUUUAUUUUUUGUUGUUGAUUAAAACAUAUUUGAUUUAUAAUGCCAAUGCAUGAAAGCUACCCUAAAAUCACAUACGUAGCUAAUUACCAGCUUUAAUAAACUGUCAUGAUGAUUA